GAAAGUGGGUUGUGUGUGCGCAUCCAAUCCACAUAUUGGAACUCUGUAUAAACCUUUGAUUUAAGCUUGCAUAUAAUUCAUUUUUUGUUAAGUAGGAUAUGGAGGGAGGAAGAGUAAGAGUGAGGACGGUUUUGGUUGUGGGUUUGGUGUUGGGGUUGCUGUUAGGGCAGUCUGAUGCCUUCUCUCCCAUAUGCUAUGCUGGAUGCGUAGGGGAAUGCCUUGUGUUUCAUGGAAGUCUUGUGACAUGUGCUAUCAAAUGCAUUUGGAAAUGCUUGUUUGCUCUUUCGGAUACCCCCCCAGAUUCUCAUUCCCUUUGCAAGUUUAAUUGUGCUGCAAAAUUGUGCGCCAAUAUCACCACUGCAGACCACCUUGGAGCGGAGGAAGUGGAAAGUUGUGUGAACUCUUGCGGGGGAAACUGCACCCAGAAUUAUUUGUCUUCUUAAUUAGUUCUUAGAAUACAGUAUUAUCUUGCUUAUGAAAUUAUGCAUGUAUCGGUAGAUAAAUUUUUUUUGAGCAUACACUCAGCUAAUUAAGUGAAUGAUUUCACUAAAACAUGGUUUGAAGUGACUUGCCCAGAUUGCUAUAAUGAUUAAUAUUGAAUUCAACAGGUAUAUAUUGAAUUUUAUUUUGUUUUA